AUGGUGACAGCCAACAUGUUACUGAGCGUCUUCUUUCUUUCAGCUGCUUUGGCUGUUUGUCCUGAUGAAGCAGCCCUUUCCAUCUCUGCACCAAAGAAGAUGGAAGCACUGAGUGGAUCUUGUCUGCAGAUCCCAUGUAACUUUAGUGGUAAACCAGGAGAGAAAUUCAGCAGCACAGGAACAAUCUCUGGAGUGUGGAUCAAAAGGGACUCCCAAUUUCGCCAAUUUCCAAAGAAUGUGAUUUUCAACAGCAGCAAGAUGAUUAACACCUACCCAAUGAGUCUGACUGGAGACCUGAGUAAUAAAAACUGCAGCACUUUAUUUUCCAGUUUAAUCACUAAUUACACAGGCAGAUACUACUUCAGGAUUGAGAAACCAUCAUACAGGGGAACAGCUGCUUGUGAUCCUCUUCAAAUAACAGUUAAAGAUUCUGCUCCGAGGCCCAGGAUGAAUCUCUCAGGUGAUGUGAAUGAUCUGAAGGAGAAGCAGUCUGUCACUAUAACCUGCUCAGCUUUCACUCCCUGUCCACACUCCCCUCCUAAACUCACCUGGACUCUCCAACAAGACCCUCACAACAUCAUGGAGCAAGACACAGAUGGAACCUUUACCACUAAAAUCCAGGAGACCAUCACUCUGUCAGACACACAUGAUGGACUCACCAUCAGCUGUUCUGCAGGAUAUCCUGUGAAUGAAGGAAAAGAUGUGAAGACAGCAGCAGCAGCAGGAAUCACUCUCAGUGUUUCAUAUGCUCCCAGGAACACCUCAGUGUCCGUCAGUCCAUCAGGUUUGGUGUCAGCAGGUAGCUGGGUGAAGCUGACCUGCUCCAGCAGAGCCAAACCUCCCGCCAGCCGCUUCACCUGGUUCAAGAAGAGCAAAGAUGGAGCCGUCAGAGUAGCUGGAGGAGACUCUAACAGCCUUAAUGUCACUGAGGGAGGAGAUUAUUACUGUGUGGCUGCAAAUGAUCUCGGUAGUCAGACGUCACCAUGGAUUAAUAUUGAAGAAAUGAUUCUGUACAAAUAA